GUGUUUUCCAGCCCUGCUAAGCGUCCAGUGUUGUAAAAAUACCCACUAAUGCGAUUUGUUUAUAAACGCUACUUAUUUACAUACAUUUAUUACAAAAAAUGGACGAAAUACUCUUUCCCACCCAACAGAAGAGGAAUUCAAAUAGCGACACCGACGAUGGGGAUCUGAAAUUCUUCAACACGGGCUCCGGGGAGCGGAAGGACAGCGAUACCUCGGAUACUGCCAACGACACGGAGCGGGACAUCAAAGAGGAUCCGGACGCCGAUGGUGACACGAAAAACACAGACGGCGACGGAGACUCGGAAGAACCUGCCAACAAAAAGAUCAAGACCAAGAAGGAGCUGGAGGAGGAGGAAAGGGAGCGGAUGCAGGUUCUCGUGUCCAACUUCACGGAGGAGCAACUAGACCGAUACGAGAUGUACCGUCGCUCAGCAUUCCCCAAGGCUGCCGUGAAACGGUUGAUGCAGACCAUUACCGGCUGUUCCGUGUCCCAAAAUGUUGUUAUCGCCAUGUCUGGAAUUGCCAAAGUGUUUGUGGGCGAAGUGGUGGAGGAGGCCUUGGACGUUAUGGAGGCCCAGGGAGAAUCUGGUGCCCUGCAUCCAAAGUUCAUUCGCGAGGCUGUACGUCGGCUGCGGACCAAGGGCCGCAUGCCUAUCGGGCGCUACCAGCAGCCCUAUUUUAGACUGACCUGAAGCAUGCCGACUAAUUUAGUUUUAGGAGUUAAAGUAAAUGUAUAAUUUUAAUUCAUAAAGAAGUUAUGUAAUCAAUGAUACAAUAUGUUUUUAAUUAAAUUUUAACUCUUAAGAAGA